AUGGUGAAUUUGGUCCCUAAAGCAAUUCGGUUUCUUCGGUUUAGUCUCCUCUCAACCUCUUCUCCCUUCUCUCGCGUCUCCUUCAAACCUCCGGUUGUAAUAGCUUGGACGAGGUUGCACAGCACUUCUGCAUCAUUUACGGAAUAUGAAUAUGAUGAUGAAAUACCGGAUGAUGUCAAGGUAACUGAGAAACAUACUGCACUGCGUGUGGCUCUAUCAAAGGUUGCAAGCGAUUUUAGUGAAGAUUCAAUGUUGUCGCCUCAGCAUUUCUUUGUUGCUAGACGUGCAUCUGUAAUUUCCACAGGUUCACUGAGGCUGGAUCAAGCACUUGGCAUCGGUGGAUUACCAAAGGGAAGAAUGGUUGAAAUUUAUGGGCAAGAAGCAUCUGGCAAGACCACGCUUGCACUUCAUAUUAUCAAGGAGGCUCAAAAGCUUGGAGGUUAUUGUGCAUAUCUUGACGUGGAGAAUGCAAUGAACCCUUUGUUUGCAGAAUCAAUAGGAGUAAAUAAAGAUAAUCUCCUUAUUUCACAGCCAGAUUCUGCUGAAAACUUGCUGAGUAUCGUUGAUACGUUGACAAAAAGUGGAUCAAUUGAUGUAAUUGUGGUUGACAGUGUAGCUGCUCUUGUUCCUCAAAUUGAAGUUGAAGCUUCGACCUGUAGCCCUCAAAUGGACCUACAAUCAAAAAUAAUGAGCCAAGCACUACGAAAAAUUCAUUAUUCGCUAUGUCGUUCCUGUACUCUUAUUAUUUUUAUUAAUCAGGUAAGAAGAAAUUUGAGAUCAGACCAAGGCUCUAUUCGUUCAGAAGAGGUAACUUGUGGUGGGAAUGCCUUGAAAUUUUAUGCCGCCGUCCGGAUGCGAAUUAGCAGAAAAGGAUUGCUCAGGACUGAGAAUAAGGUUAAUGGUCUUGGGAUUUGUGUGCAAGUCGUAAAAAAUAAGCUAGCACCUUCAAUGACAAAAGCAGAGUUAAGUAUACAAUUUGGAAGAGGCUUCUGCUGUGAAUUGGAGGCCUUGGAAUUGGCCCGUGAAUAUGGUAUCCUGUCGACAGAAGGAAGCCGCUAUUUCAUAAAUGGGAAAGUUUUGAACAAUAAAGAGGACGCCGUAAGUUAUCUGGCUGCAAAUAAAGGGGCCUUGGAUGACAUUGUCAGAACUUUGAGACACCAGUUGUUCGAAAGAGAGAAAUAG